AUGCGCUCCAGUUUGGCGCAACUUGCGAUUUGUGUCCUUGGGAUCUAUGCAUCGUUUCUCUCUUGGGGCGUCCUUCAAGAAGCGAUCACUACAGUUUCAUACCAUGUCCGUCCUCCAACUGCUGCUGAACCAGAACCUCCUACCGAGCGCUUCACGUUCUCGAUUGUCUUGAACACAAUCCAGUCUACAUUUGCCGCUAUCACUGGCUUCCUGUACCUUUUUUUCUCGACCCCAGCUGGCCAAAAGAUACCAUCGAUCUUCCCGACCAAGAAAAUAUUGUUCCCUCUGUUCCUCGUUAGCAUUUCCUCGUCACUUGCGUCGCCGUUUGGAUACGCCAGUCUUGCGCAUAUUGACUAUUUGACAUUUAUCCUUGCAAAAUCGUGCAAGCUCCUGCCAGUCAUGUUCCUGCAUUUGACUAUCUUCCGGAAAAGGUACCCCUUGUAUAAAUAUGGUGUCGUUCUCCUGGUCACCCUCGGAGUCGCGACUUUCACACUCCACCACCCGGGUACAAGCAAGAAGGUCGCCGCAUCAGCUGCAAAGAACCAGUCCGGCUCGUCCAUGUGGGGAAUUUUCCUCCUUUCCAUCAAUCUUCUCUUGGACGGCCUCACGAACACUACUCAAGAUCAUGUCUUCAGUUCCCCACAGAUCUACACCCGCUUCACGGGGCCGCAGAUGAUGGUAGCGCAGAAUGUACUCUCGACUCUCCUAACUAGCACGUAUCUUCUUGUGAUGCCCCACCUGUCGUCCACCGGCAUUCUGCACGCCAUUCUUCCCAUUCCCAUUCCGCCGUCUACUGAGACAGAAUUAACGUCCGCCAUUUCCUUCCUGUCGAGGCAUCCGGAAGCUCUGAAGCAUGUCUUAGGUUUCGCGGCUUGCGGUGCAGUUGGACAGCUGUUUAUCUUCUACACCCUUUCCCGCUUUUCGUCUCUGCUCCUGGUUACUGUCACUGUCACACGUAAAAUGCUGACCAUGCUCCUGAGUGUCUUCUGGUUCGGCCACUCUCUAUCUGCUGGACAGUGGCUGGGUGUGGGUCUUGUUUUCGGUGGCAUUGGUGCCGAGGCCGUGGUGCAAAGACAAGAGAAGAAGGCGAAAGAGCGGGCGAAGGCUGCAAAGAGCCAGUAA